AUGACGACGGAGUUCAAGUUAAAGGCUGGUAAUAAUAAGGUAUCAAGUAUCAUCAUCGACCACCAUCAUCAGAAAUUAAAAGCAUCGUCCCACAAGGGGCGGCACGCAGACGUGGACUACAGCAAGAAGGCGUCGACGGCGACGGGGCAGACGUUCAACUUCCUGAGCGCGCUGGGGGAUGUGGCGUUCGCGUAUGCGGGCCACAACGUGGUGCUGGAGAUCCAAGCCACCAUCCCGUCCACGCCCGACAAGCCGUCCAAGAAGCCCAUGUGGCAGGGCGUCGUCCUCGCCUACAUCGUCGUCGCCAUCUGCUACCUCCCCGUGGCGUUCAUCGGCUACUAUAUCUUCGGCAAUGCCGUUGACGACAACAUCCUCAUCACACUUGAGAAGCCACGCUGGCUCAUCGCCAUGGCAAACAUCUUCGUCGUGGUCCACGUCAUCGGCAGCUACCAGAUCUACGCCAUGCCCGUGUUCGACAUGCUCGAGACGUUCCUAGUGAAGAAACUCCGGUUCAGGCCAGGUCUGCCUCUCCGUUUGAUAGCGCGCUCACUCUAUGUUGUGUUCACAACUCUGGUUGGCAUCGCCGUGCCGUUCUUCGGGGGGUUGCUGGGGUUCUUUGGUGGUUUCGCAUUUGCACCGACAACCUACUAUCUUCCCUGCAUCCUGUGGCUCAAGAUUAAGAAGCCAAAGACGUUUAGCCUCUCCUGGUUCUUCAUCACCUGGUGUUGUAUCAUAGUUGGCGUUCUCCUAACGGUGUUUGCACCCAUUGGUGGUCUCCGUUCGAUCAUCGUCAACGCCUCCACCUACAAGUUCUUCUCGUGA